AUGCAUGUGUAUGUAUACAUACACAUAUGUCUGUGUCUGUGUGUGUGUGUGUGUGUGUCUGUUCUUAAAAGUGUGCAUGUGUGUAUGUGUGUGUGUGUGUGUGUGUGUGUGUGUGUGUGUGUGUGUGUGUGUGUGUGUGCUAGUUGGUUGCUUAUUCAGCCGGUGAUGACAACUUCACAGGUGUAUGAGAGAUAG